AUAAUCUGCAUAAAUAACACAUACCCAUAUUUACAGGUCAAAUAAUCUGCGCAUAAACGAAAUAAGAAUGGUACUCACUAAUUUUAAUGGUGCUGGAGUGGGCUUGGGAUUUGGAGUGGGUUGUGGUUUUGGCAUUGGCUGGGGGUUUGGAGGGAAGUCGUUGCAGACACUGGGACUUGGUAUAGGGUUUAGAGAAAGCAGGAAAGUUUCCAUUGUAAACAAUUGGAUUCCAGCUGGUGAGGGCUGUGGUUCAAUGGUAGGCAAUAGUGACUAUCUAAUUAUUGAUUCAGGCGGAGGGUGCGGAGUGGGAGUAGGCCUUGGAUGGGGUUUUGGUGCUGCUUAUGGUACGCAUUACGUGAAUUCAAAAGCAAAGUUUCAGGGUAUUGAUUACGAGAAAGUCAAGACUGUUCUUGAGAAAGACAAGUCUAAAAUGUUGGUCACGGAGACUCAGAAUAGAGCAGAGUAGACAUAUAUCACGUUCAAAGAAUUGCUAUUUUUAUGUACUGGAUAUGAUAAGAAUUAAGGAUUAUUCUAAUUUGCCGUCUGUUGCGAUAUUUAUUGCGGUUUUCUUCAAUACGAGUAUUGGGAUGCUGGUUGAACUGCUCAUAAGUUGAGAGUAGGGAUUUUAGAUUUAUACUAAGAGCACUCAUACGUUUGCUUUUAAUGAACUGAAGGGAUGUUGGUAUUUGUUUUGCGUACGAAUGCAUUAUGGGUUAUCAAUGGUAAACCCAAAUGGCAUUAGGGUAUAGUCUUGGUUUUAUGGUAAAUAUAUUUCUUUACGAAGGUUGGUCUUUCAGAAA